AUGCCUGGCUACAGCGAUACCACCGAUUCCUAUGACCAUGAUGGGUCUUUUCAUUCAUAUCGAUCAGGGUCUCCGCUCGCUCAUGGCUUUCCAAAUGCUGCCCAACUCCCACCGGCUUCCCAAUUGUACACUCACUCAAUGCCUCCGACUCGACGUUUGAGUGAGUAUCCUCCACCCGCAUCCCAGGCGCCUUCGGUGUUUUGCAACUGGCCGGCCAAUCCGCAGGCUCCCAACGGACCGGCUGUUUCAACCCCCACGGCCUGGAAUGACAGCUCUCCCGAUCAAGAUCAGCCCCGCCUUUCGCUGGCUCACCACCACGGUCCCACUUUGGCCCAUCAAGUUUUGCCGGUCGAGAAGGGGCAGCAGUUACCCACCUUAGGGCUAUUUUCAUCCGGUCGACCACCGUUACCACGUUCGCGCAUGUUCCAGUGCGAUAUCACUUUUCUGAUCUACUGUGCUAAAAAGAAUAAGCAGAAGAAGACCGUUUGGACCUCCCUCAAGUCGGACGUCGACAUGUCGAUCUCAUUUGACUGCCAGACGAUAAACUUGAACCAAUUCCAACAUCUUGUGUCAACCGAAUGCACCGGCCCUUACCCAAAGUUACCGGAAUUGCUUGAGCAUUGUACACACUCGUCUCCACCUUCCAUCCGCUGGGUUGGGUACAUGGGCCGAAAUCCCAAUUGGCUCAAGACAGGAUCCCAAUCGGUUGCGGAUCCCCCUACCUUUUUGGCCUGGAUACAAGAAAUCAUCAAGUCGGGGGUGAAGAAGGGUGGCGUGUACCUCAAGAUGGCCAACCCCAGUAACGAGAAAAAACUUGCCGCAAGCAACGAUUCGAUUGCAGCGACUGUGCAACGUCAUGAGGCCCAAGUGGCCACGGCCAGGGCAGCGUUUGGAAGCCAACCGGUUCCCUCAGGGGCUGCAGCUCCCUCAGAGUCCCAGGCCAUUGGGCAGGGCCUCUUUGAUUUGAAUGAGGACGCGGAGGACUCUUGUGACAAGGCGUUUGAUGCGCGGAAGAUCAUCGAAGAGGACAUUUUCAAGAAGUACAUUGGGAACGUUGGAGUCGACGCGAGACAUACGGUAUACCCUCACCCAACGGAUGUCAAUCGUUAUAUCAUCCUGACAUCGGGCAAUGUGGCCUCCUGGGCAAGAGCUAUUCAAGCAAAGGAGUGUGGGGUCAGUUUGACCUCGCCACCAAGGUGUCUCAAGUAUUACCAUCAGAAAACUCGUGCUUCCAAUCUGUCGCAAGCGCGGGGGGGCCCUCAGCCAGCUGAGGUCCCCUCAAGCACCUCGGAUGUGAUGGCAAUGACUCCGGAGAUGGUCUCGGAGGUGGUCGAAAUAUGUCACCAGACUUUGGCGCGGAAACGGCCGCACUCACCUUCUUUGUCGGGCUCCCCGGUUGGGGUGGCUCGUGGUGAAGGCGAGCUUGGUGAUUACCUCGACUUUGCCGGCAUUGCGAAAAAGGAGGAAACCUUGGGAGUCUUGGCUCGUCAUGGGGUUGACUCGUACGAUAUGUUUCAAGAUGGUUUCAUGACCCCCGACCAGCUGAACACCCUAGGUCUUCCGGUGGGGACUCUUGCAAAACUCUGUCGGAAUGUUGCUCGAUACGAACAAAGCCUGGCUUUCCCAAGAGAGUGA